AUGUCUAAUGGAACGGAGAGGUCUCCUCGCGAGCAUGCAAGCUUCUACACUCAGGCCAACGCUCUGCUCAGGAAGAACGUCACCUAUCAGGUCUCUCUCUCUCUCUCUCUCUCUCGCUCUGUGUAUGUGUGUAGAAGCUUGACAUGAAAGGAUCUGCCAUUGGAAGAACUGCUAGGAUUUUUUUUUUCUCCUCUUUGUUACGUGUCGGUUAAUCUCCUGUUCUGCUACGUCAAUAUGGGGAACUAUGAAUUGGGAGAGCAAUCCGGAGUUUAUAUCGGUCGAUUUCUUUCUAAUUUUGCUCUCUGGUUCUUCUCUUACGCAGUCGCUGAAGAAUUUUUAAUGUUUAUUCUUUGCUUGGUUCUCAAGAUUUACACGGAGUCACCGGUGAGAUGUGCUUUGGGGAUGAGGUUUUGUAUGCCCAUCAUGACAAGCUCCUUCUGAUUCCUAAAUUGAAAAUUUUCGAGAAUUUAUAAAUUUUUUCUUCUCGUUUUGUUCAAUUUUUCUGUAUUUCAUCGAUUUAUUCACCAGAAUCCCCACCUUCGAACUUCUGUUUUGCUGUGAAGCGAAUGGCAAGAUGGCUAAAUAGCCACUUUCCAAUCUUCCAUGAAUAGCAAAAUGAUCACAGCGAUUCCCCAGAAAUAGAUCGAAAUUCCUUUCAGUUAACGAACAAGUAAAUCUGAGAAGCUCCGCUGCUCGAAUUCUCCUUAUACGGCAUCCAUGCUUAGAUUUCAACCUUUCUAAUCAGAUCCAACAUUAUUAGUCUCUGCGUGGUCUGAGAUCAAAGAGAAAGAGGAAGAGAUUACGGGGAAAAGGAAGCAGUCUGUUUUGGAUCGUUCAAGAUCAAUUUAGCUGAAAAGUUGGACACAGUCGCUCAACAUUCGGCCCAUAAUAAUCACCAAGAACCAAAUAUUUUCUCUCUUUAUUGAUUCCCUAGUUCAACUAAUUAUGAAAGAAAUUUGAAUUUAUUAGGAAAAAUUGCGUUUUUUUCCUUUUUUCAUUUGAGAAAAUAUGCUUGAUGUUUAUUUAAUGUCGUGACCAGUAAUUUAAUCUCCUUUUUCCGGUUCGCAGAAACGCAACUCAAAGAAGAACGUGUUCAUCGUCGUCUUCCCCGUUUGGAUCUGCCUGCUGCUUCUCAUCCUGCAGAAGGUGAUUGAUAACGAGCUUGACAAGCCUAAAUUCCAAUGCGGCUGCAGUAACGUCCCCACGAACAAUGGCACAGACGUGAGAGUAUGUGGAAUUCAAUACUCUACCCUAGAUCAGGUAUUCAGGUGCGCUAUUGAUAGCCCGCCACGGUGGCCUGGUCUGCUGCAAGUACCCAGCCAAGAAUUUCGAGCUGUGAAGACGGAUACCUUUCCGAUUGUAGACUAUCCGGACGAGUCUUGUAGGAAAACACAGUCGUGCCCUGUGACAGUACUCUUCACCGGGGGAAAUAGAUCUCUUUCUCAGAGUAUGUGAAAUUCAUCAUGAUUCUUCAUAAUCCUGUUCUUCUUGACAAUCUUGUAUGACUGCUAGCGUCGAUUUCUGUGCUGAUGGUAUUCUUGGGAUUUAUUUCAUCAGGCGUGGCAUCAAGGUUUUUCUCGCGUACUUCCACCCCAAAUAUUUCAGAUUACUUGAGCAGUCUCUCGAAUGUCGUUUCGGUGAGCUUACGUUGAAUAUGGUUAUGUUCGCCUGAAAUCAAUCUGCGUAUGAAUAAGAAAUUCUUCGUAGCACUCUCUAAUUGAUGUUUUUCUCUGAACAGGGGACUAAUGCACUGACACGUGAAGUUCAUUUUAUUGAUCCUGCGAUUCUCUCUAGCAGCGAUUUAUUCACCAUUCAGAAUCAAUGUCUGCAGAAUUCUACAUUUCAGAUCCCAUUUUUAUUGGGAAAUAUCGCAAUUUCACGAAAAGGUAAGGAAUUAUACUGUUUAUAUUUCCUGAUGACUUAUUUAUUCUAGUUGCGGGAUGACGGCACAUAAAUAGCCAUAAACUUGUUCUUAUCUUUCUGUCGUUACCUUUACUUUUCUUUUUCUUGGUUCUGACUUAUAUUUCUUCCGCUUGAGCGCCAUUAAUUAAGCUUCUGGUUUAAGUUUGGCUGAUGUUCGUCCAAGAUUUUUGGUAAAAUAGAUGACAACUGGAAAAGUAAGUUCUUCAUGUUGAAUUUAUAGAGCUAGCUAUACCGGUACAUAAACAAUAUUCUAUUUGGUAUGUGCACCCAAAAAUUAUAUUUGUACUGGCACCGAACUAAUCAACAUCCACCUGGCAGUAUCAUGCAUUUAAUUUAGCAUGUUAGCACGAGGGAAAGAGGAAUUCUUCAUUGAACGUGGAAAUUUAGAACCCAGAUACCAAAACCAUAUGGACCGACCAUUUUAUUUGACAAUGUUUCAUCAAUCGAAGGAAGCCUGCAUGUGUCCAUCACGUAAGGAGAUUACACUAUCCCAGGACCUCUUGAACUGGUGCUUCCACGUUGGUUUUCCAUGGUCUUGACAACAAUUGUGGCCAAGCAACAGAUUGAUAUUAAGAAAUUCCAUCUUUGGUAUCCCAGCUUAUCUGUCAAAUCGGAGGGGGUAAGAUAUAAAUUUAUUGAAAUCACUAGCUGCUUGAUAAAAUAUAAUGAAUGUAUGGACAAUGCUGAACUCGGUGACAAGUUAAAUUGUCUAACUAGUCUAGAAUUGUAAAAAUCAAUAAAGACUAAUGAUGAAAAGUGUCACAGUAUAAAGAUGCACAAGGUAUAAAUGUUAAUUUUUUUCAUGUCUCCGAAUUCAUAUUUUGUGUAUGCUAUAAUGGCACUAAGCUGUACAUUUAUUUUCUGAGAUGUUCAACGGUAAUUACAAGCCUGCAUGGGCCUUGGAAUUCUGAAUAACGUUGGAAUACUUGAAACAGAGGUUAAAUGUGUGCAAGCGUUAAAUUUAUGGCGCAACAGCAGCUCGAUAAUAAAUGGUGAAUUGUAUAAGGGGUUUCGACAAGGAAAUGCAGAGAGAAAAAAUAACGAAAUCAUGACAGGUUGGACAUUACCUUCAAAUUUCACUGUAAAUAAGUCUUUUCAUUUUACAAUUUUUGGUGAAUCUGAAGCACACAUUUGCUCUUUUUCAGCUUAUGAUUUCCUGGAUUCUGAUGAGAAGAAUUAUAAUGUGAGAAUCUGGUACAACUCAACAUUUAAGAAUGAAUCUGUUUUUCAGAGUCCAUUUGGGCAGGUCCGUGUCUCCCGCUCGUUGAAUGUGGUACGUACUGUUCUUAUAGUACCUUCCUUAAUUUCUUUUCGUCAUUUUAUUUCAAUUAACUUUUCACGUAUCAUAUUUCUUGCUUCCCCAGAGGAAAAAGGGGUAAAAACAUGAAAAAAAUGGAAACAUAUUAAUAGUAGGAACAAUGAAGCCUUUUCUCAUGAAUUCGGAUGCGAUGAUUGAGGAAUGAAUAGACAUUCCCACAUAAAUUGAGGUAUAAGGAACGUGUGCGGAGAAAUAAUUAAGCAGGUAUUGAAUGUUUCUUUUUUGAGUGUGGAGAAAGAGGAAAAUUUGAAAACAUUACCACCAUAAAUUUUCUGUGCAGUCAUCUACGUCAAUCUGACUUCAAAUGUGUCAAAAAAAAAUUACGGAAGGAAUUAUCUUUUCCUUAUUGAAUAUCUUUCUAAUUUCUUCUUACCUUGUUCAUCAUCCCUAAAUAUGUCACUUCUGAUUCACGUCCUCUCGUAUUCUGUUUCUCGGUUCUCUUUUACAUUUAAUUUCCCUUAUUAUUUUCUUAGCACGGCAUGCGUAUCUUUAUUUUCUGAGUAAUUGAUGGGAUGCCUGAUGAGUACGGUCUGCAGAUAUCUGACGCGUACCUCCGCUACUUGGUGGGCGAUGACGUGAAUAUGAAACUCGAGUUCACUAAGGAGAUGCCCAAGCCUAAAACACGACUGUCUCUAGAUUUUUCCUCUCUUCUUGGCGCUACUUUCUUCAACUGGGUCGUUUCAUUCCUUUUGCCGGUAAGCAUGUUCACGACUCUAUAUCUCUGUAGCUUCUGAAUGAAAUAACUGAAAAAAAUUAUAAUGUUAUUCUUGAAAAUUAAAAUGUUUUAUCUAAAAAGUUAUAAGGUUUCCCUGAGCCCUUCUACUAGUCCCAGUGUCACUGUUUUCCAAUUCCCAGUACACUCGAUGCCAUUGAAUUCUUUUGAGCGUCUGGAAUGAAGAAGUAAACUACUCCUAUAAAUUCACUACGAGAAAAAAACUAGAGUUUUGUCGAGGGAAGAUGUGGAGCUUGACUUGAAUAUUGAUUACUCUUUUAUUAGUCAAGGAAGAUAUUGAUCUCUCGGAUACAUACGCACAUAUGGACUCGAUAAAAUUAAUUAUAUUUGAGAAAUUAAAUCCUUUAACUUAUUUCACCAAUUAAGUAUUGGCCAUCAUAUUAUGCAAAAAAAAUGACUGCAUUAUGUUCUUUCUGAUUUUUUUUCCGGGUCAUUCUCAAGUCUUUUUUUGUUCUGAUGCAGGUUUUCUUGACGUAUUUAGUUUAUGAAAAGCAACACAAACUGAGACUAAUGAUGAAAAUGCAUGGACUGGGGGAUCGACCUUACUGGGUCAUUUCAUAUUCUUAUUUUCUCGCUUUAUCCGUUAUUUACAUGUUGCUUUUCGUCAUAUUUGGCUCAGUUAUCGGUAAGAGCACUCGCAAAACACUUCUCUGGACAUAAAUUUCAAGCUAGAACACACAUGUUUGGCAUCCUUAUUUUAAUCUUUUCUUCCCUUUCCAGGGUUGAAGUUCUUCAGGUUGAACGACUACAGCAUACAGUUCGUAUUCUACUUCCUAUUCGUAAACUUGCAGAUCGUGCUUGCUUUUCUUGUGGCACCAUCCUUUUCAGAUGUCAGGACUUCCCAAGGUCCGAUUUGCUCUCCCAAUAUUCUAUGUGAAAAUAUACGAUACACACAGGUAAAUUCCUCUUUUAUGACUAUUUUCUUGUUAAAUGGCAGCAAUUGCGUACGUAUACAUAUUUGGAUCCGGGCUAUUGGCAGGCUUUCUUUUCGAUUCCUUCAUCAAUGACACCUCCUUCCCAAGUAAGUUAGUUUAUAACCGCCUUCUAAGUUUAGUCUCUUGAUUAUUCAUGUAUUGGGGAUAAGGAGCUUUGUCUGGCCUAGCUGGGACUACCCAAGCUUAGGGCUCACCGAAAGUUUGAGCAACGGACCCCACGCUGGAUUCCUCUGAAACCCAAGUCCAGCCCAUCCUUCCGUGUGAACCUAUCUAACACACACAAUCACACAGACACAGACACACACACACACACACACACACACACACACACGCACACAGACAGAGAAUAGACCCUAUUGAAGCCAAGACCAAGUCAGGCCUGGCCUCUUCUUCAUUCUGCUGUUAAUUCGGAAGAACAAGUGUGACAGAGGCAUGUGGUACACUUACCAAGCUGUAUCGACGCCUGUACUCCAGCCCGCUUGGAAGCAGAGAUAAUUAUUGUCUUUGAACAAGGUUGGAUCAUAUUCCUGACAUCUUGACGUUGAUGUUGCAGAAAUUUGGAUCAUAGUCAUGGAGUUUUUCCCUCCCUUUGCGCUGUAUCGCGGUCUUUACGAGUUUGGGCAGUACGCUUUCUUCGGAGGUUAUAUGGGAACUUCUGGCAUGACGUGGGGAAAACUGAACGACAGCACAAAUGGAAUGAGAGAGGUCUUGAUCAUCAUCUUUGUCGAAUGGCUCGUCCUGCUCCCCAUUGCAUACUAUGUGGACCAAGUCUCUUCCCUGGGCAACCGAGUGAAGACUCCUCUGUCCUUCUUGAAACACUUCCGGAAGAUCUCCCACUCGUUUCGGGCGUCAAGCCUCGGCAGACAGGGUUCUAAAGUCUUCGUUGAGAUGGAGAAGCCUGAUGUUAUUCAGGAAGUGAGUAGUCUCCUUUCAUUCUCCAAUGUUUUUUAUUCGCCCCCGUGAACUUACGCAGAGUUUUGUUGGAAAUUAUCAGAGGGAGGUCGUUCAACAGCUUCUUCUUGAGCCCAACAGCAACUAUGCCGUCGUCUGCAACAACCUCAAGAAGGUGUACCCUGGAAGAGAUGGAAACCCAGAUAAGCUUGCAGUCCAAGGCAUCUCCCUUGCUUUGCCCGUUGGGGAAUGCUUCGGUAUGCUCGGCCCAAACGGCGCUGGCAAGACCUCUUUCAUUAAUAUGGUGCGUGGAGAUCCCUCUACCCUUCUUCUCUUCUAGGCCUCUCUCUCUCUCUCUCUGCAUUUUGGUUAUCAUGUUCUUUUGGUGCAAGAUGACGCUGAAGUGUUUAUCCUUUUGCCAGAUGAUUGGACUGACGAAACCCACAUCAGGGAAUGCAUACAUCCAGGGAUUCGAUAUAGAGACGGAUAUGAACAACAUCUACACCAGCAUGGGCGUCUGCCCACAGCACGAGUAUGAAUCUUCCCCCAUUUUCUUGGAAGUCUUUGGAAGAUAAUCCUACCGUAAACGUUUUGACCUCUGUCCGGUCGGUCCUUGACACACUGCAGUAUGCUCUGGGAGACGUUGACCGGCAGAGAGCACCUACUGUUCUACGGACGGCUGAAGAACCUCAAGGGCCCUGCGCUGAAGGAGGUGAGCUUAUAUUCAGAGUACUUCUCCACAAGCGUGAAGAAUCCCAAAUGCCGAGGUUUACAGGCCGCAAACGCUGACCUUUGUCCCCCGUGACUUCAGGCCGUCGAGGAGUCUCUGAAGAGCGUCAACCUGUUCUACGGCGGCGUCGGGGAUAAACAAGCAGGGAAAUACAGCGGAGGAAUGAAGAGGAGACUGAGCGUGGCUAUCUCUCUCAUCGGAGAUCCCAAGGUGGUGUACAUGGAUGAGCCCAGCACUGGCCUUGACCCUGCUUCGAGAAAUAACCUGUGGAAAGUCGUGAAGGAGGCCAAGAGGAACCGGGCAAUUAUUCUCACAAGUAAUGUCUCCUCUCUCUCUCUCUCUCUCUCUCUCUCUCUCUCUCUCUCUCCCUCUCUUCCUCCACAUGUAUACAUAUAUAAAUAUCUUUAUCAACAUAUCCCUUGAAUUCCCUCAUCUGCUCACGAAGCUGUAUCCUUGUCUCAGCACACUCGAUGGAAGAGGCGGAAGUCCUGUGUGAUAGACUCUGCAUCUUCGUCGAUGGCAGCUUGCAGUGCAUAGGGAACCCAAAACAGGUAAAUCUCUCUCUCCCUCUCUCUCUCUCUGCCCGCUUCCCGAUCAGAACUCGGCUUAACCAUGCAACUCGCUCUCUCUCUCUCUGUCGCUUCUGGGUUACAGCUGAAGGGGCGCUUCGGCGGCUCCUACGUAUUCACGAUGACGACGGCGGUGGAGAACGAGUCGGAAGUGGAGAGGCUGGCCGCGGCGCUCUCCCCCAGCGCUGCCAAGGUCUACCACAUCUCCGGCACCCAGCGUUUCGAGAUCCCCAAGCAGGACAUCCGCGUAGCCGACGUCUUCCGCGCCGUUGAAGCCGCCAAGUCCCGCAUCUCCGUCCAGGCGUGGGGCAUCGCCGACACCACCCUCGAAGACGUCUUCAUCAAGGUCGCCCUCUCCGCCCCCCGCUCCUCCUCCUCCUCUCUCCUCACCUGA